CCCACCCUUUCUCCUCACUAGCAGUUUGUGUGUGGAGCCAGGGGUGCGGUCGGAUUACGCAGUUUAUGCAAUCAAUUCAUUGUAACAAACCGCAUUUAACGUUCAGUAGGGGUAACGGCGUUGUAACGACUGAAACAGUAAUAAAUUAGAAUUGCCUACCCUGCUACUGAAAAAAUAAAGUCGUUAUCUAACUGUUCUGCGUCUACGUUGACUCAUAAUGACUUUAGUUUCACUAUUCAUAAAUGAUGUGACGCAGUUAGUUGUGGUUCAAAGCUCUUCCUCAGUUGAUCUGUCUGCAACGAGGAGCCCAGCAGCUCAAACUUUACUCUCAGAACCUUUGGUACCGUGUUAAUGUUCGGUCUCGCUUCUCUUUAUUCCCUCCUUUCCUUGCUUUUGUGCUUCUAUACUACACGGACACCACACGUUGCAUCACGGAGAAGAUAAGGUUUGUGGUGUAAACUAGGCGCUGAUUUAAAUGAAGGAGUAAUGGAUAAAACAUCAAUUACUAGUUUCACCGUGUUGAGCGCGUUUAUAUACGGAUCCUCUGGUCUCCAGUCUACUAUGGAUGAAGGGAGAGAGGAGGGGGGUCCCAUCUCGAAAACCUCUGGGGAACAUGGCUGCCAGAGCAAAUCUAAGAGAAGUGUCCAGGAAGAGAGAGCAGACUCCCCUGGACCCAGCUGUGUCUCCUUGAAGAGCAACUGGUCUAUGAAUUUUCCUCCUGACCUUAAAGAUGGAAGCCCCUCCAGAGAGGAGAGGCAACCCCAGGAGAGUUCAAAGGUUACCAGUGCUCAGGUUGUACAGCCGCAUCAAUCAGAGCUGAUCAAGAGGGCUGAGGAGAAAGCACAUGCUUUUCUAGACAUGGAGCUGAAGAAGAUCUGGAGGGGUCUCCUCACAGAUUACCCACAAUGCUCAGAGAGCCAGAGGGAGGAGGAGGAUGGUAAGAACGAGGAGCAGAGGAGGCGUGCCAUUGAGGGAGUGGUGGACAUCACAAAGCUCUGCCUGAUGGAGAUGAACCAGGACGAACUGGCCGACAAGCUCAGGAGUGGAGCUGCUGCUGUCCAGUGCCAGCAUAAACUCAAGUCUCAUCUUAAGAAGAAGUUCCAGUGUGUGCUUGAGGGAAUCGCAAGACCAGGACAGCAGAGACCUCUGAAUGAGAUCUAUACAGAGCUCCUCAUCACAGAGAGAGGCAGUGGAGAGGUCAACAAGGAACAUGAAGUCAGACUGAUUGAAAAGGCUUCCAGGAAGCCAGCCAAUGAGGAAACACCAAUCAGAUGUGAAGACAUCUUUAAACGCUUACCUGCACAAGAUAAACCAAUCAGAACAAUAAUGACAACCGGAGUGGCCGGCAUUGGCAAAACCUUCUUAACACACAAGUUCACUCUGGACUGGGCUGAAGGCAAAACCAACCAGGAGAUAAACUUCACAUUUCUCCUCACUUUCAGAGAGCUGAAUUUACUGAAAGGGAAAGAGAUUAGCUUAGUGGAACUUCUUCAUCAGUUUUCUCUUAAAACCGAAGAUUCAGGAACCGACAUAUCCGACCAUGACCAAGUAGUCUUCAUCUUGGAUGGUCUGGAUGAGUGUCGACUUCCUCUGGACUUCCAGAACAACCCGAUCUGGACGGAUGUCACCGAGCCGACCUCAGUGGACGUGCUGCUGACAAACAUCAUCAGGGGAUUCCUGCUCCGCUCUGCUCACAUCUGGAUAACCACACGCCCUGCAGCAGCUAAUCAGAUCCCUGCUGAGUGUGUUGACAUGAUGACAGAGGUUAGAGGGUUCAACGACCCACAGAAGGAGGAGUACUUCAGGAAGAGAUUCAGAGAGGCGAAACUGGCCAGCAAAAUCAUCUCUCACGUCAAGAAAUCUCGAAGCCUCCACAUCAUGUGUCACAUCCCAGUCUUCUGUUGGAUCACUGCUACAGUUCUAGAGGACUUCUUCAAAACAUCCCAGGGAGGAGAAGAGGUGCCCAAGACCGUGACUCAGAUGUACAGCCACUUCCUGAGGGUUCAGUCCAUACAAGGGGGCAGGAAGUAUCAUGGGAGAGCAGAAACCGAUCCACCCUGGAGUUCAGAGAGCAAGGAGAUCAUUGUUUCUUUGGGGAAACUGGCUUUUAACCAGCUGGAGAAAGGCAACCUGAUCUUCCACGAAGCAGACUUGAAGGAGUAUGACAUUGAUAUCAAAGCAUCCUCAGUUGACUCAGGACUGUUCACCCAGAUCUUUAAAGAGGAGUGUGGACUCUACCAGGACAAGGUGUUCUGCUUUGUCCAUCUGAGCAUCCAGGAGUUUCUGGCUGCCCUUUAUGUAUUUUUGUCCCAUUUCAACACUGGUGUUAAUGUGCUCUCAGAAGAAAAGCCAACCUCCAGGGAAGCUGAACUCCUCCUCUACCAGAGUGCUGUGGACAAGGCCUUACAGAGUGAGAACGGACACCUGGACUUGUUCCUCCGCUUCCUCCUCGGCCUCUCUCUAGAGACCAACAAGAUGCUCCUAGAAGGUCUGCUGGGACCAGGAGGAAAUACAUUACAGGGCAAUCUAACUAAAAAAGUUCCGCCGGGAAAGACCGGAAGAAGGUCACGGAUCAAUACCCAAAUAGUCCAUUACAUCAAGGAGAAGAUGGGUGGAGAUCUCUCUCACGAGAGAAGCAUCAAUCUGUUCCACUGUCUGAAUGAGCUGAACGACCGUUCUCUAGUGGAGGAGAUCCAACUGUACCUGACAUCAGGAAGUAUCUCCACAGAAUCUCUCUCCUCUGCUCAAUGGUCAGCUCUGGUCUUCAUCUUACUGACAUCAGAAGAGGAGCUGGACGUGUUUUACCUGAAGAAAUACUCUGCUUCUGAGGAGGGUCUUCUGGGGCUGCUGCCAGUGAUCAAAGCCUCCAAAACAUCUCUACUGAAUGGCUGUAAGCUGUCAGAGAGAUGCUGUGAAGCUCUGGCCUUAGUUCUCAGCUCCAACUCCUCUAGUCUGAGAGAGCUGGACCUGAGUUCCAAUGAUCUUCAGGAUUCAGGAGUGAAGAAGCUCUCUGCUGGACUGGGGAGUCCACACUGUGCCCUGGAAACUCUCAGGCUGAGUGGCUGUCAGCUGUCAGAGGAAUGCUGUGAAGCUCUGGCCUCAGUUCUCAGCUCCAACUCCUCUAGUCUGAAAGAGAUGGACCUGAGUACCAAUGAUCUGCAGGAUUCAGGAUUGAAGCUGCUCUGUUCUGGACUGGGGAGUCCACACUGUACACUGGAAACCCUCAGGUUGUCUGGCUGCCUGAUCACACAGGAAGGCUUUGCUUCUCUGGCCUCAGCUCUGAGCUCCAACCCCUCCCAUCUGAGAGAGCUGGACCUGAGCCACAAUCACCCAGGAGACUCAGGAGCUACGCUGCUCUCUGCAGGAGUGGAGGAUCCAUGCUGGAGACUGGACACUCUCAGUGUGGAGCACGGUGGAGUGUUGAGGCUGAAACCAGCUCUAAAGAAGUAUGCCUGUGAACUCACACUGGACCCAAACACAGCCAAUGAACUACUCUCUCUGUCUGAGGACAACAGAAAGGUGACGCGGGUUGAAAAGAACCAGUCGUAUCCGGAUCACCCAGAGAGAUUUGACUAUUGGAGACAGGUGUUGUGUAGAGAGGGUCUGACUGGCCGCUGUUACUGGGAGGUAGAGAGGGAAGGGGAUGUUCAUAUAGGAGUGGUAUACAGAGGAAUCUCAAGGAGAGGAGUGGGUGAUAACAGCGGGCUUGGCUGGAACAACAAGUCCUGGAGUCUUGUUUGUUGUGAUGAUGAUUACGUUGCCGGUCACAACGGUAGUAGAACAGCCAUAUGUCUCCCCCCCGCUCGCUCUAACAGAGUAGGAGUGUAUCUGGACCGGCCCGCUGGCUCUCUGUCCUUCUACUUAGUGUCCCCAGGUGGAGGAGGGUCCUCAGACACUCUGACACUCCUCCACACCUUCCAGUCCACCUUCACCCAGGAGGACCUCCUCCCUGGGUUUUGGUUAGAUGAGCCUGGUUCCUCAGCGUCUCUGUGUCCAUUGUAGUCACACACACACACACACACACACACACACACACACACACACACACACACACACACACACACACACACACACACACAAACUUGAGUUGUGUGGGGAAGUGAGUGGUAAUAUUCAAAUGUGGCCCCUUCCUACGUAGGAGGGGGCGCCGAAACUGACUCGCUUGUUUGGUAACUGUAGGCGGGGUACUUUCAGAAUGCAUCUCUCACUCAAAAAAUCAUUUACAGACUUAUUUCAGUUUGUAUGUGUGUGGGAGCACCAGAGACCCAAAACAACACCACAAAUCCCAGGAAAAGUGUUGUUUUCAUAAUAUGUCCCAUUUAAGAUCUUCCUUUGGGUUAAGAAGGUUGUACAAAGAUUUAUUUUCUAGUGUAAAAUGUUUUCUAAAUGUGCACAUUAUUUUACUAAAAUGUUACAGAUUUUCAACUGUAUCAAAGGAAUCCAACAUCAGUUUUUAUUUUUCCAUUCCUGACAUGGAACCUGAUUUAAAGCAGAUUUAACAAUAUAAUCAUAAAUUAUAGAUUUCCAUGUUAAUGACUUUAACUGAAGAUAGAUUCUUUGUGUUCUGUUCGGAACAACAAUUUUCCGUUAUUAAAGAUACCUAUUUAUGAUUUGUAAUUGUUCAUAAAGCAUGAUAAUAAACAACUGAACGUU